AUUAUUUGUUUUUAAAGGUCCAUUAUUGGAGAUGAUAUAGAUUCAACAUGGAAUAAUUGGAUGCACGCCAAAAUGUCCUAUGUUCAUGUAUUAUGUCUCUUUGUCUUCUCAUUUAGGUUUGAUGUGAUGGCUGUGCUCUCUGAAGCAAUCAACACUUUUACCUUGAAUGUUUUUAAAGAAAUUAGUGAAAAAGAUAGCUCACAGAAUGUGUUUUAUUCCCCCCUGAGCCUUUACUGUGCCUUGGCGAUGGUCUUAGAGGGGGCCAAGGGAAAUACUGCUGCACAGAUACAACAGGUACUGGGGACUAAGAGAAAACAAAUAAACAAAAAAGCAAACCAUAUGAAAUAUUGUACUUCUCCAAAGUCACAUCUCAAAGGGGCUGAGCUUUGUCAGCAGUGUAGCCAUAGAGAGUUGGGGUCUUUUAAGGAAUCCUGUCAGAAAUUCUAUCAUUCAAAUGUGGAAGAACUUGAUUUUGCCAAUGCAUCAGAGGAAGCAAGAAAAUAUAUAAAUAAGUGGACAGAAGAAAAGACUGAAGAUUUAAUUCAGGAACUUCUCAGUAAUGAUUCAAUCAAUCCAUGGACCUCUCUGGUACUUGUGAAUGCCAUCUAUUUCAAAGGGAAAUGGGAGAAAAAAUUUGACAAAAAUAGGACAAGAGAAGAGAUGUUCAAAAUCAGCAAGCAGAAACCAGUACAAAUGAUGUUUUUGAAAUCUAGAUUUAGGAUGAGACACAUAGAAGAUGUGUCUACCCAGGUGCUAGUUCUGCCUUAUGUUGGAGGACAAAUGGACAUGGUUAUUUUCCUUCCAGAUGAGAACACAGAUCUAAAAAUGUUGGAACAAGGACUUACUCCUGAGAAAUUAACAGAUUGGUUAAAACCAGAGAGGAUGAAGAUGACUGAGGUGGGAGUUUAUCUUCCCAGAUUUAAAUUGGAGGAGAAUUUAGACAUGGAAAACAUUCUUCAAAAAUUGGGCAUGUCAGAUGCCUUUGAUAUGUCCAAGGCUGACUUCUCUGGGAUAUCAGCUGGAAAGGACCUAUUUCUAUCCAAGGUUUCACAUAAGGCUUUUGUAGAAGUUAAUGAAGAAAGCACAGAAGCAGCUGCUGCCACUGUAGUAGGGUUGAGGGGAUCUUGUCUUUGUUCUUUUUUUGUGGUUGACCAUCCUUUCCUUUUUCUUAUUCGAGAUAACAGCUCAAAAACCAUUUUGUUUUGGGGUAAAGUGAUCUCUCCAUAAAGAAAUCAUUUAUUGGGGGUGGAGGGAGAUCUGCUUUUCUUUUACAACAUGUCUCUUAUGGAAACGUUUUGUAUAACUUCACAUGUGCCUUCUUGCUAAGCCAUGGGACCCUGCUGACAGGGAGUACAGAGGCCAUCUCAACCUCUGGUGCACAACCAGUUUUCUGCCACGUUGCAGAAAUGCCCUUGUUGAGCAAGGAGCAGUGAUUUGUGAUCAUGGGAACUAGUGUUGAGCCACAGGGUCACAGCUACUUGCUCAUGAGCAGGGAAGCCUUGACAGGACCUCCCUGUGAGCAGAUGCUGAAUUGCUGGAUUGGCUCUCUUCCCAUGGGUAGAUACCAGCAUAUGUAAAGCCCAUGAGCUGCUUCUCUGAAUGGUGAAUUGGGAUUGCCUACUGUUCACAUGCUGACCAUGCUUGCAGAAAUGUAUAUCAACAAGGCUGUACAGCAUAAUAAACUGGAGCUCUUUUCAUACUCUAUGAGUCUCCUGCCUCAU